AUGGCUUGGCAGAGGUCCAGUUGUCUCGUGCAGACGGUGCAGAGCGUCUGCCGAGCUUCUCCAUGGCAGCCAUCGCUCCAGUCCUCCGUCCAUACGACAGCUCCUUUUGUUUCAAUCUCUGCACAGCUGCUUCAACAGAGACGACGAAGAAACCAGUUCUCCACCUCCGCUCGAAGAAAUGCUACCGAACUCGUGAAGGCGGCCCCGGAAAUUGACUUCUCCAAAUUCGCCGCUACCCCUGCGCGCAUCGUCCCCGCCUCCCCGGCCUACUUCUCCGGCAGUCCCAAAUUCAUCGAUCAUUUAUUGAAUCUGGAGCGCAUGCUGGCAAAAUAUGCCUCCCUUCCGACGGUGCCGCCCAACGAGGCCCCCCGAAUGGCGUGGUUGAAGUUGGCGCAGUUUCGGGACUUUGUCGGCGAGAAAGUUCCAACGAAGAAAUACAAGAACCUUCUGAAGAUCCUCCAGCGUCUCAACAGAAUUGACCCGGCUUUGGCGCCGGAGGAGGUGCGUGAAACGCUGAACAAGUUCCUCCGUCCUGGCAACCCCUAUGCCAACAAGCCGGCGCCGGCUACGGUUGAUGAGAUGGGUCGAGCACGGGGGAAAGGCAAACGAAAGACGGCAUCUGCUGUGGUUUAUCUCGUAGAAGGAGAAGGCGAAGUCUUAGUCAAUGGCAAGAACAUUGUCGAAGUAUUUCCACGAAUCCAUGACCGUGAGAGUGCGUUAUGGGCACUGAGAUGCACACAGAGGCUUGACAAGUAUAACGUAUGGGCUACAGUCCGCGGUGGAGGAACUACUGGUCAGGCCGAAGCAAUCACCUUGGCAGUGGCACGGGCUUUGCUGGUUCAUGAGCCUGCACUCAAACCAGUCUUGCGAAAAGGUAUUACUAUCAGUGGGCAUUUGGGAAUCAAUUGGCUAGGAGUCCAUAAACAAACAAAAAGCCCAAAGGUCUCUGAUAGAUAUCGCAUUCGACCAAAGCAGGCUGCAGGAACUGUCGAUGCUUCAAAUGCGAGCAGAUUAGUUAUUAGCGCCCAGGGCUCUGAGUCUGGCCUAGGCCUUCUUCCAGAAUCGUAUUCGAGAUAA